CUUUUCCACGCUUGACAUCGUGCACAGCAGCCAGCGCCAAGGUAUCAUAAAAUAUAAAUAUUUAGAGAGAGAGAAACAGAAAACAGAAGUCCAAAACUAAAAGGAAGUUCGGCGACGCCGACAAAGGAAGCUGGAUGUAGAAAUUUCCCGGAAAAUAAACGGCACGAGAAGGUCCAAGAAAGGAUCCCCAGAGACGAAAAAGAGCAUGGCGACACCGAUGGCGGGGCUGCAGCAUUUGGAAGGAGGAGGAGGAGUGGCCGUGCUUUCCAAUUCUGCCAACAAGGUCGAUUCCUCCUCGCCGUCUACUGCGGCCUCCAAUGGUGUCUUGGUCUAUUCUGAAUUGGAGUCCCCAAUCUUGAUUUUCUUAUUCUUUCAUAAGGCCAUUCGAAAUGAGCUUGAUGCUCUUCACCGGUUAGCUAUGGCAUUUGCAACGGGCAACUGCUCCGAUAUUCAGCCCCUCUUCGAGCGCUAUCAUUUCGUUAGAUCCAUUUAUAGACACCACUCCAAUGCUGAAGAUGAGGUGAUUUUUCCUGCUCUCGAUAUACGUGUGAAGAAUGUGGCCCAGACAUAUUCUCUUGAACACAAGGGUGAAAGCAAUCUCUUUGAUCAUCUAUUUGAGCUGCUAAAUUCUAAUAUCCAAAAUGAUGAAAGUUUUUCAAAGGAGUUAGCGUCUUGCACGGGAGCUUUGCAGACAUCAGUUAAUCAACACAUGGCUAAGGAAGAGGAGCAGGUAUUUCCAUUGCUUAUUGAGAAAUUCUCAAUAGACGAACAGGCAUCUCUAGUUUGGCAGUUUCUUUGCAGUAUUCCUGUCAAUACAAUGACAGAAUUUCUUCCUUGGCUCUCAACAUCUAUAUCAUCGGAUGAAUCUAUUGAUCUGCAGAAGUGCUUAAGCAAGAUAGUACCAGGAGAAAAGCUUCUUCAAAAGGUUAUUUUCACUUGGAUGGAAGGUAGAAGUGGUGUUAACACAGUUGAAAGUUGUGCACAUCAUUCUCAUGUUCGCUGCAGUCCUAGCCCAUUAACCCAUCUGAUAGGGACGGCAAGCUGUGCUUGUGAGCCUGCAACAACUGGGAAAAGGAAACAUCCUGAAUCUAUUCUAGAUGGUUCUGAUGCCACUGGAACACAUCCUAUUGAUGAAAUUUUGCUAUGGCAUAAUGCGAUAAAAAGAGAGUUGAGUGAGAUAGUGGUGGAGACCAGAAAGAUACAACUUUCUGGAAAUUUUACUAAUUUGUCAGCUUUUAACGAGAGAUUACAGUUUAUUGCUGAAGUUUGCAUAUUUCAUAGUAUUGCUGAGGACAAGGUUAUAUUUCCUGCUGUAGAUGGCGAACUUUCUUUCUUUCAGGAGCAUGCUGAAGAAGAAAGCCAAUUUAAUGAGUUCCGGCGUUUGAUUGAAGGCAUUCAGAGUGAAGGAGCAACAUCCAAUUCAGAAGCUGAAUUUUAUCCCAAGUUAUGCUCAUAUGCUGAUCAUAUAGUGGAAACCAUACAGAGGCAUUUCCGCAAUGAAGAAGUUCAGGUUCUUCCACUGGCUCGGAAGCACUUCAGCUUCAAAAAACAACGUGAACUUUUGUACCAAAGCUUGUGUAUGAUGCCUCUGAAAUUGAUUGAAGGUGUCCUGCCUUGGUUGGUAGGAUCAUUAACCGAAGAUGAAACAAAGAUGUUUCUUAAAAACAUGCAACUGGCAGCUCCUCCAACAGAUUCUGCUUUAGUCACACUCUUCUGUGGUUGGGUUUGCAAGGCUCGUAAGGAGGGUCUGUGCUUGUUCUCAAGUGUACCAAGUUUCUUUCCUGCUAGAAAUCUUGGUGGUACUGAAAACAACAGAUUCCAGUCAUCUUGUGCUUGUGCUUCUGCGCUUUCUUCUAAUGGUUGCCCAGUAUCAGCUGAAUCAGAUGAGAACAAAAAACUGGUCAAGCAAAACAUGUUGGAGUUCUGCAAGAAUGGGGAUGUCCCUCAAACUUCGGAAACUGAAAGUAUCCAAAAGCAAUGUUGUAGUGCUCAGUCUUGUUGUGUGCCAGGUUUAGGAGUAAGCGGUAAUAAUUUGGGGCUCAGUUCUCAUUCCUCUACCAAGUCGUUACGCUCCUUGUCUUUCAGCUCUUCUCCCCCAUCUCUUAAUUCCAGUCUUUUCAUAACAGAUAACCCCUCUUGUGAUGCUAGUUCUGCAGAGAGACCGAUUGAUACUAUAUUUAAAUUCCAUAAAGCUAUACGUAAAGACUUGGAGUAUUUAGAUGUUGAAUCUGGAAAGCUUAGUGAUGGUGAUGAGACAAUUCUUCGUCAAUUUACUGGAAGAUUUCGCCUUUUAUGGGGUUUACAUAGAGCUCACAGUAAUGCUGAAGAUGACAUAGUCUUUCCAGCACUGGAAUCCAAAGAGGCACUUCAUAAUGUGAGUCAUUCAUACACGCUGGAUCAUAGGCAGGAGGAAAAAUUAUUCGAAGAUAUAUCCUGUGUUCUUUCUGAGCUUUCUGUUCUUCGUGAAAGUCCGCAGAGAUUCAAUAUGUCAGAGGACACUAGCCAUUUUGAAACUUCUGAUGCCACUGUGAGUGAUAAUAUAGUAAACUAUAAUGAGUUAGCAACUAAACUUCAAGGGAUGUGCAAAUCCAUAAGAGUCACCUUGCAUCAGCAUAUUUUCAGAGAAGAGCGUGAGCUUUGGCCAUUGUUUGGGAGACAUUUCACUGUGGAAGAACAAGACAAGAUAGUUGGCCGGAUAAUUGGAACUACUGGUGCUGAAGUACUCCAGUCGAUGUUACCAUGGGUAACUUCUGCACUGACUCAGGAUGAACAGAACAAAAUGAUGGACACAUGGAAGCAGGCUACUAAGAACACCAUGUUCAAUGAAUGGCUUAAUGAAUGCUGGAAAGAGAGUCCAUUGCCUAUCCCACUGACGGAAGCAUCAGAGCAUAGCACGUCCCAAAGAGGUACUGAAUAUCAAGAAAGCGUGGACCUGAAUGAUCAGAUCUUUAAGCCAGGUUGGAAAGACAUAUUCCGGAUGAAUCAAAGUGAGCUUGAGGCAGAGAUACGGAAGGUUUAUCGGGAUUCUUCUCUGGACCCAAGGAGAAAGGCAUAUCUUGUGCAAAAUCUAAUGACGAGUCGCUGGAUUGCUUCCCAGCAGAAGUUACCCAAAGGUGUUCCUGGAGAAUCUUCUAAUGGUGAAGAAAUAGAAGGAAGAUCACCAUCAUUUCGGGAGCCGGAGAAAAAAGAAUUUGGAUGUGAGCAUUAUAAUAGAAACUGCAAACUUCGAGCUGCAUGUUGUGGCAAGUUAUUUACAUGCAGAUUUUGCCAUGACAAUGUGAGCGAUCACUCAAUGGAUAGAAAGGUAACAUCAGAAAUGAUGUGUAUGCGCUGCUUGAAUAUACAAGCAGUUGGCCCCAUAUGCAUGACCCCUUCGUGUGAUGGACUUUCAAUGGCAAAAUAUUAUUGCAACAUCUGCAAAUUUUUCGAUGAUGAAAGGAAUGUAUAUCAUUGCCCAUUUUGCAAUGUAUGCCGUGUUGGGAAAGGGCUUGGAAUUGAUUAUUUUCAUUGUAUGAAAUGCAAUUGUUGUCUGGGGAUUAAAUCAGCAUCUCACAAAUGCUUGGAAAAAAGCUUGGAAAUGAACUGUCCAAUUUGUUGCGACUUCUUAUUCACAUCCAGUGCUACAGUCAGAGCUCUGCCUUGUGGCCAUUAUAUGCAUUCAACUUGCUUUCAGGCAUACACUUGUAGUCACUACACAUGUCCGAUUUGCAGCAAGUCAUUGGGAGAUAUGGCGGUUUACUUUGGUAUGCUCGACGCUUUGUUGGCUGCUGAGGCGCUUCCUGGAGAGUACAAGGACCGACAUCAGGAUAUACUGUGCAAUGAUUGUGAUCGAAAGGGCUCUUCACGCUUCCACUGGUUAUAUCACAAAUGUGGUUGUUGUGGCUCAUACAAUACCCGUGUGAUCAAGUCCGAGGCAAUAAAUUCCAUCUGCGACUAGUGUGCUUCUUAGGAGCGAGGGGUAUAGAUUUUGUAAAUACUUGUAUAGGCAAUUCAAAAUUUUCCCCUGAACCAGCAGCCUGGUUCUUUUUUAAUCUUCUCGUCUUAUACAUAGUGAAGUGAGUCACUUCCAAUAGAGGCCUCUAUUGAGUUCGUUUUCUCAUGAGCCGGAUGUUCAUUAUAUAGCUUUUAUGUAUAGAAUAUGAACCUACUUUCUUCCCCUUCCCCCCUUUUUUUGGGCAAUGGAUGUUUUCGCCGUUUCUCCUCUACAAUGACGACUUGAGGAAUCUUCAAGGAGUGUUUUGGUUUCAAUUCUUUUGCAGCUUGGAUCCAUAUUUCUGUUCUUCACAAUGUAACGUACAAAAGCUGAAAGCCCUCUAGAGAGUAAUGUCUGUAUCGUCCAUGGCUACUAAUACUCUUGGGAGGCCUCAAUAAAGUCAUUUAAUAAGUUCUUGGUUUUU